CAGUUUACCAAAUAUGGCCACUGCGGGGCGUGGGAUACAUUCCCCUGUGAUGCUGCUGCGCCGCCGACACGCAGGAAACUUCUGGCUUUACGGCAAGAACAGUAAUCUGGAUCUACGAUUCUACCAACAGAUCGUGACGCCAACAGAGGGAAACUACCUGACAAGAUCUCAGCACAGGAUCAGGCUCAAGACUCAUUGUCAUCGAAGACGUCCCUUUAACUUCCCAGGUGACAUCCCAUCAUGCCACUGACCUGGUUCCCCACCUCCCAGCUGCUAUGGGUGCGUGUCGCCGCCGUGCUGUUCACCUGCACCGCGUUCAGUGUCACGGCACAUGGCGGCGGGCUGCACCAAGCAGGCAUGGCGGACUGGUGCAUCUUCUGCUGGGCGUUCAGCUUCGCCUGUUCUGUGCUGGUCCUGCUGGUCGAGCAGUGCAGCCUCCAACCCAGAAUCCCAGUGUCCUGGUCCAACUUCCCUAUCACGGUCGCCUGCUACGCUUCCCUCCUCUGCCUCUCAGCUUCAAUCAUCUUCCCAUUGUAUUUUAUCAAAGGCCAGAAUUCCUACGGCGAGCAACGUGACCAUCGGAUCGCCGCCACCGUCUUCUCCUGUCUGGCAACAGUUGCCUACAUGGUGGAGGUGAGCCUGUCCAAGGCCAGGCCAGGAGAGGUGGCGGGUUACAUGGCUACAGCUCCAGGUCUGAUGAAGGUGUGCCAAACCUUUGUGGCCUGCAUUAUCUUCAUCCUGGUGAGCAAUCCAGUGUCAUAUGACCAUCACGCAGCCCUAAAAUGGUGCAUGGCGGUUUACUGCAUCUGCUUCAUCCUGUCCAUGGCUGUGGUGGUGCUGUGUGUGGGAGAGUGCACCGGCUGCCUCCCUAUCCCCUUCUCCAAGUUCCUGUCAGUCUACGGACUUUUGGCCACUGUCAUGUACCUGACGGCCACCAUCCUCUGGCCCGUGUUCCAUUUCGACAGGAACUACUCAAGGGGAGGAGAUAAGUCCAAAUUGAUCGCCGUGUCUGUGCUCACUGCUCUUAACUUCCUGCUGUACAUCGCUGAUCUGGCUUACAGCGCCAGACUGGUGUUUGUGAGCGGCUGAGAUGCAGGGAGACGAAGAAUACUCUGAACAGAUGAGGCUGACAGAAGGGACAGAGCUCUUUUUUUGUAAGUUUAGACGACACAGACAUAGUCCUAAACACCUAAAUGUGUGUAUGUGUGGUAUAUGUCUAUGUUUGCAUAAUCACAUUGCUGCCUUACAGUAUGUGCUGCUUAAUGUGAAGUGGCUUGUUUUGAAUGUCUAAAACAAGUAUAUGAAUAAAGGGAAAAAUUAUUUAUUUUUUUUCAACUGUGCAACAAAAAGGAGUGAAAAAGUGGGU